AUGGCAGCCACUCUCUGUCAGGUGAUGGGCUUCGUUCUGAGUUUGUUAGGGAUGGGGGGAAUAAUUGCAGCGACAGGAAUGGACCAGUGGGCGACCGAAGACCUCUUCGACAACGUUGUGACGGCCGUGUACUCGUACUCGGGCCUGUGGAGGUCGUGUGUCCGGCAGAGCUCCGGCUUCACAGAGUGCAGACCGUAUUUCACCAUUCUGGGACUGCCAGCUCUGCUCCAGGCCGUGCGGGCCCUGAUGAUCGUUGGUAUUGUUCUCGGAGCCAUCGGUUGCCUGAUUGCCAUAUUUUCACUGAAGUGCUUGAAAAUGGGGAACAUGGAGGACAACAUCAAAGCCACAAUGACUCUGGCAUCUGGGAUCAUGUUACUUCUCGCAGGUGUGUGUGGCAUUGCCGGGGUGUCGGCCUUUGCUAACUUGAUUGUGCAAAGUUUUCGCUUCACAACAUAUGCUGAUGGCGGGUUCAGCAUGUAUGGAGGAGGGGGUGUAGGUGGACUCACAGGAUCUCUGACUCCAAGGUACACUUUUGGUGCUGCUCUUUUUGUGGGCUGGAUUGGCGGAGCUGUCUUGUUCAUUGGAGGUAUCAUGUUGUGCCUGGCCUGCCGUGGAAUGUCUUCAGAUACAAAACAACGGUACGACGGAAUGGCCUACAAAGCUGCGUCUCACCCCACUAUCUACAAGUCUGACACCAGGUCGCGCCCAGCCUACAAUGACUCCUACAAGGUUCAGAGUGUUGAUGGAAGGCAGUCCAACCAGAGAUUUGACUACGUGUAGAGUCCUUCCACUCUUAUAGAUAUACCUCUCUUUUACA